AUGAAUGGAGUUGUUGAGGGAUAUCGUACUACCAUCAGAAUUUCUACUAGGGCUACACCUUAUUUUCUAGUAUAUGGUAAUGAUGUUGUGAUACCUGCUGAAAUAGAGAUACCAUCUCUAAGGAUUAUUCAGGAAGCGGAGCUAAGUGAUGCUAAAUUGAUACAAGUUCGGUUGGAGAAUCUGGCAUUAAUAGACGGAAGAAGAAUUAACAAUGUCUGUCAUGGUCAACUCUAUCAAAAUAGAAUGGCCAGAGCUUUCAACAAGAAGGUUAGACCCAUAAAUCUCUCACCUGGGCAACUGGUUUUGAAGCGGAUUUUUCCAAAUCAAGAUGAAGCAAAGGGUAAAUUCUCACCAAAUUGGCAAGGUCCAUACAUAGUCUCUCGGGUGCUGAUAGACAGAGCACUCAUACUUGCUGAAAUGGAUGGAUAA